AUGCACUCCGACGUCGCUUCCGCGGCUUCUUGGGAGAAGGUGAUGACCUCCAAGUACCCCGAGACGGAGAAGCUCCACUGGCAUCAUCAGAAGCCCGAGUGGACUUGCGGGCAGCGUGAUGCACAGAAGACAGAGCACAUCCGCUGCAACGGCAAGGGUGCGGAGGAUGGGUCGAUGUUCUGUGCCCUGGCGUUUUUCUUUUCGCAUUUUGCAGAUGAGAUGCUGCUGAAGGAGUAUCCGGAGCCAAAGGUGCCAAUCGACACUCCCAAGAAGAUCCCUGCUUUUGAUAAGGUGAACGUUGACGAUCUCGCCGACGGACAGCCAAGAAAGAACGCGAGGGCAGCUUUCUAUUUGCGGUGGCUGACCACGCUUGUCGGCGACUUGCAUCAGCCUCUUCACUGGCUUGCUGAAAACAGCUUCGGCGCCGAUGUGAAGAUUGUCUACCAGGGCCAGGAGCACUCUCUGCUGUCAUUCUGGGAGGAGCACUUGCCUAAGAAGCUGCCGGAGAUCCCCUCGAUGACGAUGCUGGACUUGGAAUACAAAGCUCAGUAUCAUCAGUGGGGCCACCGGCUUCCGCCUGAGCUCUUCAGGCAGUGGGCCGGUGAGAUGGCCGACAAGGUGUGUAACGAGAUCUACGGUCCCAUGUACGUGCCUGGGCCAAAAUUUGUAGAAGGAAGCCGUGCCUGCGCAGGCAGUUGCACGAUGCCGACUUCAGUGUUCAUGUCUGGCUUGAAGGUUUCUAAGGUGGCUUGCCUUCCAGCCAGUCCUUCAUACUUCGGGGUGUAA